AUGUUGCAUGUUGUCAAACUAUUUACACUCUCUGCGUUGGGCAUGCUAAGGCUUUACCGCUGGUCGCUGGUCGCUGGGCAGCAACCGUUUGGGCGAGAAAAUGAAGAGUUUUCUCAUGAGCAGAUGGAAAUUGCAGACCGCAACUUACUGAACAAAGCUUCACCUGUCAUGAGAGGCUAG